AUGAGCCCCAAGACAUACAAAAUCGCAGUGCUUUCCGGCGACGGCAUUGGCCCGGAAGUGUGCGACCAGGCGGUCCGCGUGCUCACGGCCAUUGGCGAGCUGUGCCAGCACAGCUUCUCGUUCACGCACGCGCUGUGUGGCGGCGCGGCGUAUGACGAGCACCAGGUGCACUUGCCCCAGUCCACGAUCGACACGGUGGCUGCGUCGGACGCCGUGCUCUUUGGCUCGGUGGGGGGCCCCACGGACGCGCAGGAGCAUCCCAAGUGGAAAGACGCCGAGAAGAACUGUCUGCUGGGCCUGCGCAAGAACUUUCAGCUGGCAGUGAACAUUCGGCCGGCCAAGAUCUACUCGAUGCUGCCGGACCUGUCGCCUCUGAAGCCCAGUAUCAUUGCGAACGGAGUGGAUAUGGUCAUUGUCCGCGAACUCGUGUCGGGCAUUUACUUUGGCGAGCACAGCACGAACGGCGACACGGCCGUUGACGUGAUGAAGUACACGGAGGCGGAGAUUACUAAGCCCAUGAAGUUUGCUUUUGAGACUGCAAUGGGCCGCUCGAAGAGACUGACGGUUGUGGACAAGGCAAACGUCCUGGACUGCAGUCGUCUAUGGCGCAAGGUUGCCAGGGACGUGUGCAAGGAAUACCCGGAAGUGAAGCUGGACUUUAUGUACGUCGACAACGCAGUGAUGCAGCUGAUUCAAAAUCCGUCGCAGUUUGAUGUGAUCGUCACUGGCAACAUGUUCGGCGACAUCCUGUCCGAUGCAGCUUCGGUGUUGCCAGGCUCGCUCGGACUCAUGCCCUCGGCCAGUCUCGGUGACAAAGUGCACUUGUUCGAGCCCAUUGGCGGAACAGCGCCUGACAUUGCGGGCAAGGACCUUGCCAACCCGAUCGCACAGAUUUUGUCUGCUGCGUUGCUGCUGCGAUACUCGUUCCAGAUGGAGACGGAGGCCCAGCUGAUUGAGAAGGCUGUGGAGCAGGUGCUUCUGGACGGUUUGCGUACGGGCGACCUGACGAAGGACCAGUCUGCUGUGGUUGGCACGAAAGCGAUGGGUGCUGCUAUCAUUGCCAAGAUGAAAGCGCUGCGUGAUUGA